AUGAUCGAGGAGGAGACCAACACCGCCACGUCUCAGGGCGGCGCUACACGUAGGGCUGAUCUGCAGAAGCGGCAGGUUGCGGGCCACUACUUGACGAAGUCGGGCCGGGACUACAUCGUCAUCGAAGAAGAAGAAGAAGACCAGAACGACUACGCGCUCCACAGCCCCCUCGAGGAGGGCGAGACCGCAACCCAGACCGAUCGAUGCCUGUCUUCAUCGGACGAGGACUACGACGAAGCGGGCAGCAGCCCGCCUCCGGUUCUGGUGGGCUACGGCCUCGCCUCGGUGGCCACGACCGCCACCCGAGCCGCCGCAGCCACCACCUCUAGCGCCAGGCGCCGGCCGCAGCGGGUCCUGGCCCGAGCACCGCAGCCGCCGCUUGGUGGCGAUGACCACCGCCGACCACUGCCGGACAGCGCGGCCCGCAAGUGCCUCAACGAGAAGCUCAGGCAGCGGCUCGAGGAGAAGCGACGACGCAGCGCCGAGCAGACGACCAAAGCCACGCCAUCAUCAUCAACACCACCACCACCCGCUGAUCAGGAAGCCCACUACGCCCGCCGACGCUCCACCUCCACCCGCGAGGCUGGUGACGAGGAGGAACAGCAGGUCGGGUCGCGGGGAUCUUCGCGCGUUGCCGCCAACCUCUCGACGCCGGGCGGUCGGCGAGGCGUGGCGACGAAGAAGGAGCUCGACAUCUGGGAACAGCUCAUGCUGACAUCGGUCAUCCAACCGCUCUUGCCCUCUCACCAACAGCAACCUGAGGCGCCCGUGACCUGCAUGUGUGCACUCGGCCCGCCUCCCGGGCUCGCGGCCUAUCCCUACAUCAGCCACGGCCACGGCCACGGUCACAACCACUCCCACCCGAGCGGCCUGCCCCAUUGGGGCGGCCCACCGCCGCUAGCCGAGGAGCUGCACCACUCGGCCGACCUCUUCCUCGACGACGACAACGUGAACUGGUACCGAGCAGCAGAAGAGCGAAAGCGAAAGCGGGAACACAAGAACGAAAGCGACGAAGGCGGCGGCUACUACUACGGAUCGUACCCACGGCACUUGGCGCGGUCGAUGCCUGCCUACCAGUCGCAGGCCUACGACCACCACCGCCAGUCCCGCCGCCCGAGGCUGGAUCCAGCAGAUCACCAGACCAGCCAGGCACUUCUUGCGCACCCCUACGAAGCUGGCCGCCGCGACAUGAGCUCGCCACGCAGGCCGCGAGACAGCAGCGCGCUGGUGUUUCACCACCACACGGGCGCACCGGUGCUCGACGCACGCACCAGGCCCGGUGGCGGCACCCUCCGUGACCACAACCGCAGUCUCGUCGACGUGGAUCUGCGUGGGCACUAA